AGGCAGUGGGGUAAACAGCUCUGCCCCUCCCAGCCUCACCUGGCGCAGGUGAGCGGAGCUGGCGACGCGGAGCGGGUUGCGAGCAUGAAUAACCCUAUACCAUCCAAUUUGAAGUCAGAAGCUAAAAAGGCAGCAAAAAUAUUAAGAGAAUUUACAGAAAUAACUUCCAGAAAUGGACCUGAUAAGAUUAUACCUGCCCAUGUAAUAGCUAAAGCAAAAGGCCUUGCAGUUUUAUCUGUUAUCAAAGCGGGAUUCUUGGUAACUGCUCGAGGAGGCAGCGGGAUUGUAUUAGCUCGUCUUCCUAAUGGAAGCUGGUCUGCUCCUUCUGCAAUAGGGAUAGCUGGCCUCGGUGGUGGAUUUGAAAUUGGAAUUGAGGUGUCAGAUUUAGUAAUAAUACUGAAUCAUGAGCGAGCAGUUGAAGCUUUUGCAAAAGGAGGCAAUCUUACCCUUGGAGGAAAUUUUACAGUGGCAAUUGGACCUUUGGGGAGGAAUUUGGAAGGUGAUGUUGCCUUGCGAAGCUCUGCUGCUGUCUACACUUACUGCAAAUCGCGAGGGUUAUUUGCAGGGGUAUCUUUGGAAGGAACCUGUUUAAUUGAAAGGAAAGAAACUAAUCGAAAGUUACGAAACGCCUGGACACAGGAGGAGGGGUGGAUGUCGUAUACCUGGACUUCAGGAAGGCCUUCGAUACGGUUCUAUGGUCUGGAUAUUCGUGCUAGUGCUAUUUUAUUUGGUGAUCUACCUCCUCCUGCUCAUGCCGAAGACCUUUAUAAAAUUCUGAAUUCUUUCACUGAAAAAUAUGAAAUUGAAGAGCCAAAGCACCCUUCAAAGAAAGGACCAAGGGAACCAAAGAAGGCUAACGACCCACCUGUUAAACCAUUAUCGAGGCCACAAUCACAUAGGCCAUCUCUGAACACUGCAUCAACAGCAGUAAAAAAUCCACAGUCACUUUACCCUGAACUUCCCAGUUAUGCUGCUGUGGGGAACUCUUGGAGUAAUCCUAUAGAAGUAACAGCCCUUUAUUCAUUUGAAGGACAACAACCAGAAAACAAAUAGACUUACCGUCAGAGAAAUAGGAAGUUGUUAAAGCUCCUUAAUCCCUUUCAGGUAACUACUUCUAUGCAAAUCUCAAAAUCAAGGUAUAUGGACUUGCUCAACAGAAUAGUAAUAUUUUUUUCUUUAUCUAGAAAUUCCAUUUCUGUGAUAUGGCUAGUCUGCUGUUUUGACACACUCGUUAAGGAAAAAUGAGAGCUUUCUACAAUAUAUUUGCUCACUGUAUUCUCUGCAAUAUAAAGUUGGUCGGUUAUUAAGCCGCAGGUAUAUUUUUAAACAUUAAAGAGUACCUCUUA